GUGCAGACACCGCAACCUCAAUUACAAACAGACUUAGCGAAAUCCCAGUACAAGAGCCUAGGUUGUGUUGUCUGCAAUCCAGCAGGAAUCUAAACCAGAAAUAAUGUCCUACGGUCCACGCCAUACGAACGUCUACGCCUCCGGUUCCGGUUCGAACACAACCAUCAGCGCCCACACCACAUCAAACACAAAUACAAACACAUCCUUCCUGCGCCAACCCAAUCAGACCCAGUCCGCUCUUCAAACCCGGAUCAACUCCAAACGCGCCGAACUCGAGAACCUCUUGCAGUUGCGCGACCUCAGCGCGAACCUGGCGAACCAGUUAUCCACGCUCGAGCAGAAAUUGGGUACGUUGAAGGACGGCGCACACAGUGUCGCAUUGGUGUUGGCGAAUUGGGAGAAUGUGCUUAGGGCGAUCAAUAUGGCUGCUAUGAAAGUCCCGAUUCCGAAAGACCAGAACGACAACAACGGCGAACAGACAGAAAUCGACGACGAGAAAGAGAAAGAGAAAGAGAAAGAGACGGCGCAAGAACUGCCAGUGCCGCUUGUCAGGAUACCUGUUCAACAGAUGGAGCCACCCGUGGGUGGGUGAUUGAUUGAUUGAUUAUGAUUAUGAUUAUGAUUCUCCCUGCGCAACUCUUCGAAUGAGAAGAGUCGAAAAAGAAGGCACGACAACAACGGCCGGACAGAAAAGUCGGAACGGAACCCCGAAGGACUAGGGCUAGGGCUAGGGCUAGGGCUAGGACAGGUCUCGUCGCUGCGAGACACCUUCACUCCCCCCAUCCCAUCUUUGGCCGAGACGAGACACCGGUCCAGCUGAAGAGUCAAUGGGCAUGGAAUAGGAUGAGAUAGGAGUUGUUUUGCCAUCUCCAUUCGCAUGAGGAACCGAACCAGUUUGCAUGUCGCGGCUGAACGUACUAUGGUACUGCCUACAGCGGUAGUGACGUUCAGCAGUGCCCGGGACAAGACAGUAAAUGCCAGGGACGUUUCCCUUGAAGGACUCCGGCCUGCAACAUCAACCGGAGAAAGGCCCAACGAUGUGCAGAAGCCUGUCCCUUCAGAGAGCCUGUUCCACCUGAGGGAAGUCUGGCAGGGCUGAUGAGAACAGAGCAUCUACGACGGACCGAAAAGCACCCCACUAGCGAGAAAUUGUACGACACAGUCUGCACUGGAAGAACGGCUAGAGAAACGGUACAAAGAAAUAUCCCAAAGUAGACUAUCUUUCUGUCUGGCUCAAGCUAUAGAAGUACUAUCUCAUAAGCGACUGACGACCUCUUACAGUGUUGUCCUGGAUUCCAGGCCCCUCGUCCUGCAUAUUCGAUACCUUCCGGUAACAAUAUCAGUGGACCUCAGCAAAAGCAAGCAUACCAAUACCAACACCAGGGCUGAAAAGAGC